AUGGGCCCCUGUACCGCCUCCUCUUGCUGCUGCCAGGCCCGUAAUCUGCCAUGGGCCCCCGUACCGACUCCUCAUGCUGCUGCCAGGCCCGUAAUCUGUCAUGGGCCCCUGUACCGCCUCCUCAUGCUGCUGCCAGGUCCAGAGUGUGUCAUGGGUCCCUGUACGGCCUCCCAUUGCUGCUGUCUCCAUCGCCACACUCUGCCAUGUGCCACUUUCAGGUCUCCUCACACUGCUGGUGGGUUCCAUUUUGUCAUAGGGUGCUGUAUGGCCUCCCAUUGCUGCUGCCUCCACCGCCACACUGUGGCUCCACACUCUGGUUUUGGCCCCGUGACUGCCCAAAUGAGUGAAGUGUGCGGUGAUUCUAAGAUCGACGGCACUCAUCUGCAUGUCAUACUGACUGACAGUAUUAUUUCUCUUCCCCAGCAGACUCCAAGGGCAUUUAAAUUAAAGGUACAGUGUUCUGCACUAAUAUAA